UAUACACCUGAGAACAAAGCAUAAUAGUCUCACUUCUUCAGAAGCGUAUGCAAUGCGGGUGUCCCGGCAAGUGGGCGCAUUGAAGCGCUCGGCCAAAGCUUUCGCUCCAUUUCUUGGCUUAACUAGAAGCUUGCGGAUCACUAAAUUGGCGUGAGGAACCUCCUCACAGAGUCCCUCAAUGCGGAAAAUGACAGCCUUCUGGAGCCUUUUCAGCUGCCUUUCCCCUUUGGCAGGAAGGGAUACCAGGUCACAUAACGCAGCUGCUUCAUAUGGUGCGAUAUGUUCUGAUGCACCGACCUGUUCAAAAAAGGGUAGCACGGCCUUCUUCAUGAGUUUCUGUGUCCCUUGGCCGGAAGCUGCAGGUAUCAAGCGUCGCAGUUCAGUUGCUAGGAUAGAUAAGCCGCCUGUCUUCUGCGGAUUACUACCGACUUCACCAUCGCCACCCCUGACCGCAAAAUAAAGAGCUCUCUUCAAACCCCAAUCGAAGGCUUGGACUUG